AUGGUCCGAUUCUCCGAGAGUCAACUCAGUGAGAUUGGGUCAGCUCUGGAAGCUUCUGGACACCCUUUUAUUUGGGUUGUGAGGAAGGGAGAAGAUGAAGAAGAAGAACAGAAGUGCUUGUCCCAGGGUUGUUUUGGGAAUGGAAUUAUAGUGAGGGAGUGGGCCCCACAGAUCCAGAUUUUGGAGCAUCCGGCUGUUGGAGGGUUUGUGACUCACUAUGGUUGGAACUCGGUGCUGGUGUCGCCGCCGGCGUGCCGUUGUUCGCCGAACAGUUCUAUAACGAGAAAAGAAUCGGAGCAGACCAGAGGGCUAGCAAAGCAGCUUGGUUUGAUGGCUAAGAAGACCGCGGAUGGUGGUGGGUCAUCUUACUCUGAUUUAUUGGCUUUGAUUCAGGAAAUCAAGGCCUGCGCUUUUCAUCAGAAAAUGAGUUAG